AUGCCCACGCCUCAAAAACGCGCUCAACGCGCCCGCAGGGAUCUUCACAGCGAUGCGAUCGCCGAAUCGUCGUCACCCACUCGCCCCUCGAAGCGGCGCAGAAGGAACGAUGACGCUACCGACACUGCCGACAACUCCGAACUGAUUGACGAAGGCGACUCGUCGCAUCUUGCCGAUCAAUCCGCAAUCGAAGAUGACGACCAGCUAGUGACCCGUGUCUCCCAGCAUCUAGUCGCGCCCGCGACACAGGUCCAAGCGAGCAAGGACCACUCCAACAGCAUCCACGAGUCGAACAGGGAGGGGGUAAAAGCGUAUGCUAAGAUCUCCGCUUUGGACUGGACCUUCUACAUCACGAGGCUCACCGUCAACAUUGGGCGCUCGUCCGAGCCUGCGCAAGCCCGCGCCGACCAGGAUGCCGAUGAUCCUGAUGCGAUACACAUUGACCUUGGCCCCAGCAAGCUCGUCUCGCGCCUGCAUGCGGUCGUGUACUUCAACCGAGACCAGGAGAAGUGGUGGUUGCUUGUGAAGGGGCGCAACUCUCUGAAGGUGGAUGGCACGCAGUGGAAGGCGGGCCAAGCUGGACCGCUGCGGAGCGGCGAGGUUCUGGAGAUUGGUGGCGUGGAGAUGAUGUUUGUCCUUCCCAUCGAUCUCGGCCCGCUUCAGAUCGCGCAGCCAUAUCUCGAGCGGGCCGGUAUUGUCAAGCCCGAGCCCUCGGCAGCCCCCGCGCGCCCGACGCGCCACCCUCUCCCGUCCGGCGAUGGCGCACAUUCGAGCUCGCCCACCAAGUCGUCGCGCGGGCAGAGCUCGCAGAAGCCCCUCGCGCCUGCGCCUCCCGACUACAAACGGCCCGGGACUCCUCCGUCUGCCGCUCGCGGCCGUGCUGGCGCGGCAGCUAAGACGCCGCUUGUUGACCAUUCCGCGGGCCCAUUGAUGAUGAGCAGCAGCGACGUCGAUCUGAGCCUAGAUGAGAAUAAGCAUAUCAAGCCCCAGUUCAGUUACGCGCAAAUGAUCACUCAGGCUAUUAUGAAUACGCCAGAGCAGAAGCUCAACCUCGCCGGGAUUUACCAUUACAUUCAAACGCGAUAUGCCUACUAUCGGUAUCAGCCCGCUACUGGCUGGCAGAAUUCGAUCCGGCACAAUCUGUCAUUGAAUAAGGCCUUCGAGAAAAUUGCCCGAUCCACGGACGAGCCUGGAAAGGGGAUGAAGUGGCAACUUGUCGCUGAAUCCCGCGAGGAAAUGCUCCGCACGGCCUGGCGCGGCGGCCGCGGCGGCCACCGUGGUUCCUCAAACCCGUCGUCCCCCAGCCAGCUGAGUUACAUCACCUCGGGCCCCCGGGACAUGGCCGCGAGAGACCCCAUCUCCGCGCGCAAACGCAAGGUGUCGCCGUCAGGGUCACCCCAGCCCCGUUCGUCCCUGCGCGACUCACACCUAACUCCUGUGCGCCCGAUGCGAAAACCGCUACCGGACGAAGCCGGCGCCGGUACGGACGAUAGCCCGCUCCCGCGCGGGCGCAAACUCAACAACACGGCAAGCGGACUGGGCCUGGUGGAGAACGCUCCCGGGUCACCGAUCCUCACAUCGUCGUACCUGCAAGACGACGGUGCGUCCUUUGUCACCCCCGCGCCGCAUCGGGUGCACCCCAAGCUGGCCCCGCCCAGCACUGCACAACGGCCCAGCCAGCACAUGCCGACUUCGUCCCCCGCGCCCUUUUGGAAGUACGCCGACAUUGGGAGCACCCCGCUUAAGCCCGUCCACGCCCCUUUCGACUUGAGCCCGUCGAAGCCGUCCAACCCCGGCGGUAGCCUUUCUCUUCCUCCGCCCGCGCCAAGCAGCAGCCCGCCCCGGAGCAAGUCACCUCUACCGCCGAGUCCCACGCGGCCGAGCAGCCGCACGCCGGCGGACGAGCCUCCCAGCCCGGCGGGUGAUGAGGAUGAGGGCGGGUUUGAUCUGACCAAGGGGUUCCAAAGCAUCGGCAGUUACCAUGCGCCUGUUGGGCACGGCAAGCAAGUCCAACCCGCAUCUAACGGCGAUUUGUCGGCUAGCGGCAGCGCUUAG